AUGGCUGGUCUAGCAAUCCAACCGACAGGCCACUCUUUCGACUUCGACUUCGGCUUUGAGAAGAGCAAGUCUUUCUUGGACGCCGAGUACUCUCAGGACUUGAAGCACAAGAACACCGGCUUCUUCCAUGAAAGGUCACCGCGACACCGCGGGAACACAUCCUUCUCUUCUACGGCAGACACAGUCGUUGGAGAUGAGGAGCACGAACUACCCAAGAAGGAUGGUUCUUUCUUUACUCUGCAUGUCCAUUCGGAAAAGCCCCCUCCUACACCAAAGAUUCCAGCUGCAAUUCUUGAGGUUGAUGAGCCUCUAUUCCCCUCGCCCCCUGAGAAACUCACUCCUUUCUUCAACCUCAAGACCCCUGCUGAGAGAGCCCCUUUACACGCUGUCGCUGUCGCUGUCGAAGAUGACGAGGAUGUUUGUCCUCUGGAGAAGAAGCUCAAUCCUGUUGUCUCCGUCUCUGAGAAGCUGGUCGAGGCUGCACCUACCUUCGCGAAUGACACUAUCGAGACAUGUGGCUACCCCAAGAUCGAAGACCCUGUCGAUCCUGCUAGGAUCCUCUCACCUAAGGAUCUGCGCACUCAAAGGGUGGCCUUCAUGGGUCUCAUCGUUAUCCUCAACAUGUGCAUGGCCGUCACGGCUUUCUUCGGAAAGAAGAGCAAGCUCAUCUUCGUCCUCAUCCUCUUUGUCAAGAGCAAGGACUUUCUCUCAGCCAUCCUAUCCCCGACAGGGAUGAUGUGUCGUGCUAUCUACCAAAAGUUCUACCCACCCAAGCCCGUUUCACGACGCUGGAUUCUCUCCCUCAUCCCUGCAUACUCCGAGAGUGAAGAGCAAAUCGUCAAGACUAUCUUCUCACUUCGAGAUAACGGCGUUGAUCCUCAUCGUCAAGUCAUGGUUGUCAUCUUGGACGGCAAGCCUCGAGAUGUGCGAUCACACAUGACAAGAAUGGUGCGCGAGUUCCAGCGGCCGUACGUGUCACUCAAGUGGAAGAAAGGUGUCUUGAAUGUCCUUGCUGGAUUCAUGGAAGACGUUCCUGUCAUCGUCAUCGAAAAGGUCAAGAACGCAGGCAAGAAAGACUCCCUCGUUCUCUGCCACGACCUCUUCAACUACCCCCGCGAGAACUCCCCCCUGUGGACCAAACUCUUACGCAAGGAGAUGUGGGACGAUAUUCUUCCUGAAUUGACAAAAGGCGAGGAAUUCAACGGCUUCGACAUGGUGUUUUGCACAGAUGCGGACUCGACUAUCUAUAAGGGUGCGGUUGCGCUCCUUGCAAAUGCUCUUGCGCGUGAUGAUAAAGCCAUUGCUGCUUGUGGGCUUGUCUUGGUUGAACUUGAACCAGGCUACGAGUGGUCGUUUUGGAACUUGUAUCAACAGUUUCAGUAUACCUUUGGACAAUAUGUUAGGCGGCGAGCUGAAGGCUUCAUCGGCAAGGUUACCUGUUUACCAGGCUGUAUUACCAUGAUAGCAGUCAGACCAGAGAUGGCUGGCGCUAUCCGCAAGUACGCGGAACCAGUCACAGGCGAACUGGUCAUCAAUCAUCAAGUACAAUACCUUGGAACUGAUAGGAGACUUACGUACUCCAUGCUGUCCCAAGGAAAACAUCUCCGAACACUCUUCGUCCCUGACGCAGUCAGCGAGACAGUAGCACCCCAAUCAGUCUUCCACUACCUAAGUCAAAGACGCCGAUGGGGCUCCAACGCUUACUUCAACAAUUACUUCUAUCUAGCUGGCGAGAAGAUGAUCCCCAUCACUCGUAUUGCUGCUUCAGUUGAGGUUAUUCGUCUGAGUCUGGUUUACUACCGCAUUCUGAACACCUGUCUGUUCAUCAUUAGUUGCGUACACCAUGUCACCGCGCUGAAGCUGGUUCCAAUGCUGGUGGUUGGGCAAUUGCCUUCUUUCUGGUUCUUCUGCUCGAUCCUCUUGGAGCCUGAGCUACGAAAGCGAGGACACAAACUCUUGAUUGGGUUCCUGAUCAACAAAUGCAUUUCGCCAUUUAUGAGUAUCAUCAUCUUUACAAAGGUUGCUACAAACCUGGGCAGUCAAGUUUGGGGUGUUUCUGGUGUCACCGCAUCUUCGGCUCCUGUAGCUGCGCCAGUGGAGGCGGAAGAGUCUACCAAGUUUGACAUUGAUGAAUUAUCUGUCGCCGAAAAAGGUGAAGCUUCGCCGUUACUGAGACAAGACGUCACCAAGCCAGAGCCUUGUCAUUUAAAAAAUGAGCGUUUAAUUAAUAAGGAUGAGAGGGGUGCUGAGAUCGAUUAG